AUCGGUUUGUUCAACUUUAGGCAAAGGGUAAGCUACGUCUUUUCUUGAAAGACAUCGCAGCAACUCCAUAAUUUAUUAGAAAAUAGAGGUUGGUUUUGGUCCACAUUUUGCUUCAAAAUUAUUUAAAUAAUUGUUCAUCCCAACAUAAGGCAAUUAUGGUCCUAGUUUCUUUAUCAAAAUAUUUAAUUAAGGAAAUGAUAGAUAGGGUGUAAUAAUCGAGCUAAUACAAGUUAAGUAGAAAUGACCAAGCCUUUAAAUGGAGCUCAAAAGAACAAACGGUUUCUCCUCCAUCUUUCUGUCUUCUUUCUUAUAUAUAUAUAUAUAUAUAUAUACACAUAUAUAUGUUUGGCGUUCCUCUCAGAAGAGAAAGAGAAGGCUAAAGGCAAAGAUGGACUGCUGUAUAUGUACAUCGAUGCCGUAUAUACUGAGGUCUCCAAGGAAUACAAUCUGCGGGACAUGCUUUGAGGGUGCCAGAAACAUGAUCUCUUCCAUAGACAAGCUCGAGGCUAAUUCUGAUAAACCAACCAAUUCUAUGCUUUGCCUCUCAAAUCCCUACACUUAUGAAUGUAGCGAGCCGGGUGUCUGAUAUGAAAGAUAGGGAAGAUGAACUAAAUGAGAAGAUCAUAUUCUUGAGUGAGUUUGUUACUGCUUUUAAGGAUCAAAUUCACACCGAUAUACUCCUCAAGCCCGGUAACAAUGGACCUCCCAUUCCUGCACACAAAGCCUUAAUGGCAAUAAGAUCAGAAGUGUUUAGAAAUAUGUUAGACUCUGAUGAAUGCAAAGCUCCAGCUGCUGACUCUAUAACACUGACUGAAUUGACCCACGAAGAGCUGGAGUCUCUUCUGGAGUUCCUCUACAAUGGAAGUUUGGCUGAAGAAAAAAUGAAUAAACAUGCCUACCCUUUGUCACUUGCAGCCGAUAAGUACCAAAUUCCAUACUUGCAGAAGCUCUGUGAGCGUCAUAUGCUAAAGUCCUUGAGUUCCUCCAACGCUCUUGAUGUUCUAGAGAUUGCAGAGACUUGUUCCAAUCAAGCACUCAAAGAGACUACCUUAAAAUUUAUUGUCAACAACUUGGAAGAAAUUGUUUUCUCCACAGCUUUUGAUGUUUUUGCGCUUAAGAAUCCACAUUUGAGUGUACAGAUAACAAGGGCGUCAUUGAUGGAUGCCAAGAGAAAUUCCGUUCCACAAAAAUAGGAUAAUGAAGUAAUUCCACAACACCGAAUUUUCAUACAAAUUUUUUGAAAAUAUAAUUCUUUAUUUUAUAUAUAUAUAUAUAUAUAUAUAUAUCUAUAUA